AAAGUUUAAGUGUUGUUUACUGUGGUCCUUGCACACCAUGUUCCUUGCAAAAGAUUCGACGCAGGUUGUCGACACUAAACCGAUUCGAAUGGUCGAUUCUUCGAGUUUCUUCGAGAAUUAUCCAUGGGGGAAAGAAACAUUUAAACUGACCCUAGACUAUCUGAAGAAAAAAUUAACCUGAAGAAGUAGAGGGAAGUAUUUGAUGAGAAGUAGAAAGCAUCCUAUGCUUUAUUCGAUUUCCCUGGGCAUUCAUGGUUUGGAUCUAUGACGCCUUUCCUUAUCUUAAAAAAUUUGCUUGAAAAUUAAUGGAUGAGCCCUUUCCCAUUCCCCGCAUCCUCAGAUGGAACUCUAUAAAAAGUGACCAGAUAAUCGAAGGCGACUACAAAGGAAAAUUUACCGAGAACGUGCACCCGUACAUCAUCCCUACUGUUCGUGAGACGAAGAUGGAUUGCAUGAUUACGUUUAAGCCAUAUACGGACGAGGUGAAGAAUAACGUCCUCGAUCGUUUAAAGAAAGAGUUAGAAAGGGCGACUGUCCUUAUUUCAAAUAAGGACAGUAAUGAUGAUGGGGAUUUGGGUGGUAACCUCGUUGAAAUACGCGUUGGUGAUGAUAAUUCACCGAGCACGUCGAAAGAUGCAGUGGGAACCUCAUCCCCUAGGAAUCUUCAUAAGCGUGUUGCUGUUCUUGAGGAAGCGUUGUUGGAUAUUAUUGCCUAUAUCAGAGAGAAAAGACUGAAGAAAAAGGAAAAGGAUGAGCGACAACAUGAGCAAGUGCAUAUGAACCUUCAUGAAUUAGAGAGGAAUGAAAAAGUAGAAAAAAGAAGCAAAAUGGAUGAGUUGGCCACUGUUGUGACGGAAGAGGAACAAGAAGAAGAAAAGAAGGUUGAAGAAGAAGAAAUGGAAGAAGAUAAAAGCCAAGAAGAAAGUGUAAAAGAAGCAGCUAUAGUGAAAGAAGAAAAAGUUGAAAAAGAAGCAGUGUAAGUUGAAGAUAAAGUCAAGGAAAAAGAAGGAGCUGUAGUUGAAUAACGCAAGAAAAAAGAAGAAGCUGAAAAAAUAGGAGCAACAGCUGAUGAAGAAAAAAAAGAAGAAGCUGAUAAAGUUGUAGAGGGUGAAGAAAAAGAAAAAGAAAAAGCUGAGGAAGAAAAGGAAGGUGAGAAAGAAGUAGCUAUUGAAAGUGAAGAAAAAAAAGAAGAUGAGGAAGAAAAGAAAGGUGAGAAAGAAGCAGUUGUUGAAGGUGAAGGAAAAAAAGAAGCCGAGGAAGAAAAAAAAGAUGGGUUCAUGGAUAUCGUUGAUGAAAUCAACAACACCUAUGCUGAUGAGGAGGAAAAUAGUGAAAAAACAUUUGAUUGCUAAUAUUG